UCGAAAUAAUACACAAAACAUAAACAAACAUGGCUGAAAUAUUUAGCAAACGCGCGCUAAUGUUACAUCUUUCAAAGCUUUCCAAGGUUUCUUUGUGUGAUUUGAGUGAUUUGUGAGAAAUUGUUCAUGUCUUUUAUUUAUGAGUGAUCACUCAUCAGCUAUCAACCAUUGAAUUACAGAUUAUAGAAAGAGGAAAGAGACUUUCGAAGCCUCCUAACCAUUGUGAAUUUGAGUGCAUACAGAGAAUUUUUACAGCCUGUGAAGUACUUUGCAAAGAACAACUUCAUUUUGUAUAUUUCUCACAGAUUAACCAAUAAAAUGCCUGGAAUGUGCUGUGCUGUUUAUGGCCUAUUCCAAAACUGCAGGUGCUGGUAUUAUUUUUCAUAGCUCUCCUGGUUUUGUUACCAUCAGACAAGAAUGGAUAACCAGAUGUAGCAGUAAAACAACGUUCAAUCCAGAUUCAAGUAGAAUGUGUUCUUGUUAUUUCACAAUAGAAGAUUAUGAAAGAGACUUGAAGAAUGAAUUAUUAGGUUCACCCUUGAAGAGGAUUUUGAAAAAAACUGCGAUUCCCACACUGGAACUGGCAGAAAUUCAAGAAAACUAUGAUGCAGGGCAGACACAAGACCAUUCAGAAAAAUUAUUGGAAGUAGUCUGAAAUGAUACUGGCCAGGAACAAAUACAUCAAGUCCAUUUAAGUCCAAUCAUCAUCAAAUGUGAACAGAAUUUCAUCAACUUUAUACUAUCUAGGAUAUAGACAAUUUGGGGAAAAGUACAAGAAUAUGGAAACAAUGAUUCAAU